ACAUCACACCUUGAACAAUGAACACCGAAACAUAACAACGCACUCAUCACACUCACUUUUUCUCGCCGCUGGAGCUAAAAUCUCGCCUUUCUCGCAUGCCCAAGACAAGAUAAUCAAUGUUUUCAAACUGUAACCGCUACAACAGCUUUAACAUUUUUCCACCUAAAUCAUAGCCUCCUUCUUUUCUUCGUUAAUUCUAGACUCUUAGGUAAGGUGGUUUAAUCACACAAUCAUGUUAUCUUAAUUAUCAUAUCAUAUAAAACACUCCGGAGAGAGACGGAUUUUUUUGCAUUGUUGUUGAUUUGGGUGGCGAAAUCUCUUCAAAUCAAGAAAGAAAAGGAAACUUUGCUUUGGAAGAAAAGAAAAUGGAUGAUGAUCUUUCUACCAGCCUUAUUUGCCAAGAAAGCGAAACGUGCUUGGAAGAAGAACAGUCGUUUGUUGAAUCAUGGAGGGAUUGUGGUGUUUCAGAGGAGGAGCAUGCGGGUAUUUUGAUUGAGAGAGAGAGAGUUUUUGGGUUCAAAAGGGACGAGACUUUGGUGUUUGGGGACUGGGAGAAACGUGCCCGCAUGGAUGCAAUCAAUUGGAUUCUCAAAACAAGAGCAACAUUUGGUUUUCGCUUGGAAACGGCUUAUUUGUCGGUCACUUACUUCGAUCGGUUCCUUUCCAGAAGGUCUAUUGAUAGUGACAAGUAUUGGGCAAUUCGGUUACUGUCAAUUGCAUGUCUUUCUCUCGCUGCAAAGAUGGAGGAAUGCAAUGUGCCGGGGCUAUCACAGUUUCGAUUGGAAGAUUAUUCCUUUGAGGGAAGAGUUAUUCGAAAAAUGGAGCUUUUGGUGCUGAGCACAUUGGAGUGGAAAAUGGGUAUCAUCACUCCCUUUCAUUUUCUUUCUUAUUUCAUCACAAAGUUCUCCAACCAAUCCCCAUCAAGUCCUAUUGUUUCCGAGACCAUGCAACUCAUCUUGACCACAAUGGAAGAGGUUAAUUUAAUGGAUCACAAACCAUCUGUUAUUGCUGCGGCUGCUAGUUUGGUGGCAAUGGAAAAAAAAUUGACGAUAGAAGCAGUCGAGUUGAAGAUGAGUUCAAUUCCUCAACACAGCUUUCUUCAACCUAAAGAUGUAUUUGAGUACUAUAAUCUAAUUCAAAGAUUAUACGAGGAGAAAACCAGAAGAAACAUGAUGCUACAUACGCCAAUUAUAAUGACAGAGAGUUCACGAGUCACCUCUGAUCCAAUGGCAAAGAGAAGAAGACUCACUUUCAGUGAUGAUGAAGGAAGUAGUGAUGGGAAGGGGCUCCAUUAGCAAAAGUCCAAAAUUUUGAUUUUUCUUUUUGAAGGUCUAAUUAUUUUAUGUGAAGAUUAUGUCGCAUUCUUGAUUACUUCCAGCUUUAGUCUCACCCAGAGAUAGAGGGAGGGAAACCCACCUGGGAAAGUCAUUGAUUAUUACUGGAAGAAAAAUCAUUUAGGAUUUGAUUAGAUGCCAUCCUGAGGAACCACAAGGGGAAGAGGAACAAAGGAAGAAGCAAGAAUAAAAACUGAGGCUUUGUAAUUGGGAUGCAUAUACUAGUUGAGGUGUUCAAAUCAAAUAACCAGGUAAACAAAAGCCAGAUGCUGAUCUAGAAAGCUGCAGAAACAGCCACUUAGGACUUAGGCCAUUGUUUUUCCUCUUAUUAUUUUCUUAAAGUUUUUUAUUUUUCAUUCUUAAUAUUGUUUUUUUUUUCUGUUAAUUAUUUUUAACCUUCAUUGCCUCUUCAUAACGGAUUUUGUCACAUCUCUUGCAAACCUACGUUUUGAUGGAUGCUUGGGAUGCUUUAGUAAUGUCUUCAAAAAGGCUGAAAGCAGGUCGGGAAAAACUCUGUUGGUGUGUUUGGGUGCAUGGUUUGUGUUGCAUAUUGGCCAUCACAAAAGUUUUGUAAGGAUGAAUGUGAUUGGAUUUGUUUCAAUGUCUGGGACUGCCUUUAAGGUGGGACCUACCCAUUUGCCUGCAAAUUUUAUAUGACUUCGUUGUGUUCAUGGGUCAUGAAACCCGAUAUAUUGUUUGUGGAAUCAAAAGGAUUUCUAUGUUAAUUAUGCUUUGAAGCAAUCGAUUAUUGUACCCUGUUAAGGUUUAUUUUACAACAUCCUAAACAUGG